AUGGAUGCACUAACGACUCUUAGAACGGAAAUUAAUCGUCUUGGUUUCACUCCAAAUGAACAAGACAGUUUGCGCAAAUACUUUACUGAAAACGUAGAAAAAAUAAAUGUUGUCGUGUCUUUUCUUCCUGACUACGAGACGGAUGAUGAGAAGCGGGGUUACUUGAAGUCCUUAAUAUCCACGCCCGAUCAACCCAAUGCCGUAAGGACUUUGUCUGGAUCUGAGGAGAACUUAUAUAUUUUCAUCGAUGACUCGAAUUUAUAUAUUGAAGGGAAAUAUGUAAUCGGUGAACUUGAAAAAAUGGGUACGUUUGAUUACAAAAGAAGACAAUUACGCUUUGAUCAACUCCGCAUCGAUUACGGACAAAUCCUCAGAACAAUACAAAAUCGUCGUACAUUGGGAAGUGAUCCGAUUGUUGUUGGAUCCGUUCCACCAGCCGAUUCUUUAUGGGAUCUUGUUCAAGCUGAAGGAUUCUAUGUGAAAACGUUUCCUCGAAAUAAUCGAGGCUUUGAAAAAAUGGUCGAUGUGCAAAUCGGACAUUACAUGAAUCAAGUCCUUUUUAACAAUGUGCCUGCUAUUUUGGCACUCAUCACUGGUGAUGCUGAUUACAAGCCCGUAUUGGAGACCGCAGUCUAUUUAGGGUGGAAGGUCGAAAUUUAUUUCUGGAACACAGCUGAUUCACUUAAGCUAUUGCGCGAAAAAAAUGCUCUAGGACUAUCUUCCAAAUUAUUUGAUCCUAAUAAUAAGAGUAAUCUAGCUUUCACAUCUCUGAAUCCGUACUAUAAGAUUAUUACAUACGGAUACGGUCCCGAAAUAUUAUAUUACGGAGUCAGUAACAUGAAAAUUCUCCAAUUAUCUGGUGGAAACAUUUCUAAUUGGAAAACUAAAGAAAUGAUGAAGUUUUUUGAUGGUACUGGAUUAUUCGGUUGGUGGUACCGCAAGUGUGAUCUAACCUGGCUGUACUUCCAAAGCCCGAGUGAUAUUCAGAAAGCGGAGAAUUAUAUAAGAAAUAAAUAUUCUCAAAUCAAAUUUAUGCGAAUUUAG